CAAUUCGCAACGUUGGACAUUGGCUCGGCUCUCCGUUCCUGGUCUCAUUCUUUGCACCCGCACAUUCAGGCAUAACAGCCCCCCUUCCGCUCGUUUCGUCUAGACGGCCGUGUUCUAUCGUACGAAGCCUUUGUCCUCGGUGGACAGCGUGGAUGCGUCCCCUCGAGUGAUAUGCUACUAUAUGUCUCCUUGACGGCCCUUAUACUCGCUUUAUUGCUCCCAUCAUCCGUCGCCCAGACCGUCACCGUAUCGGCUGGUGACCCGAGGAUCACGUAUUCCGGGUCAUGGUCAGACCAGGACAAUGGAGGGCACCGGUUCUCGGGCAACCCAGGCGACGGAAUCACCUUCACAUUCCAAGGGAGCUCCAUCUCUUACCUCUCUCGCCACAACUUCAACGGAGGUGUCGCGUCUGUGUCUGUUGACGGGGGUUCUUCUUCGUCGGUUGACGAGUCCGCCGGGACUACCAACGGCGAGGAUCCGGUCGAGGCCGUCCUGUACACCAAGUCGGGUCUGGACGGGAGUAAACAGCAUACCUUCCAGCUCACCAUCACCGGCGUCGGCCAAUAUGGCGGCUCUUACGUGGAGGUGUACGGACUAGAGUUCGCCGAAGGUGGCGCUAUUAGCUCCUCGACUACUCAAGCCGGCUCGGGCCAACAGACCCAAACUCAAACACAGACUCAAAUUCAGACCCAGACCCAGACCCAAACGCAGACUCAUACCCAAACUCAAACACAGACGACGCAGACGCAGCCCGUCCAAUCGACGGAGACGCAGCAACAGCAGAAGACGCGUUCCGGGAUAGACUCGCUCCUAACGACGACGACCACAAACGCCGCCGGCCAAACCGUCACCCUCAUCAUCUCCUCCUCGCCCGCCUCCACCUCCAACUCAAGCCCCUCCUCCUCGUCCUCAC